CCGUGUGGUUUUGACAUCCCUUCCCUGUGGCUCAGACCUGACCCUGAAAAUUCCUCUAAUACUUUUGCAGCUAAUCAUGAACAACAUCAUGGAUGUACAUAAAUACAAAAUCUAUGAACAUACUUGUGCCAUAUGACAAUUUUAUAGUAAUGGGGAUUUCAAUCUUGUUUCUCCUCCUUUCCUGCAUUCUCUUAGCCCUUCCCCUUGCCACUGCUCAACCAUGUCCCUACCCAGCCAAUUUCACCGCGAACAGCACGUACGGCCAAAACCGGAACCGAAUCCUCUCCUCCCUCGCCUCCAACGCCACCGCCAACGGCGGAUUCUACACCACCACCUUCGCACAAGGCUCUGACGACACCAUCUACGCUCUCGCACUCUGCAGAGGCGACCUUUCCAACCAAAGUUGUUAUGACUGUGUUGAUUCCGCGAGCCAUUAUAUAAUUGCGAGUUGUCCUAAUAAAAUGGAGGCAUUCGAUUUCGGAAACUCCUCUCACUGUAUCGUCCGGUGCUCCAACCAGUCAUUUUUCAGCACCGUGGCCACUUGGCCGGCUAGAUUCGUGUGGAUUAUGAGUGACAUAACCGCCAAUGUCGAUGAAUUUGAUCAGGCCUUGAGUAGUCUGGUAGAUAGCCUUGUGAAUAGGGUCACUACUGGUUAUUCUGUAGGCUAUUUUGCAACUGGUGAAAUUGCGUAUACAGCAUUGGACUAUAUAUAUGGUCUUGUGCAGUGUGUCCCUGGCCUUUCAUCGGCUGGUUGUAGCAGUUGUAUUAGAAGUGCGAUAGAUUAUUAUCGCAAUGACGGUUGUUGUUUUAGAAAGAGAGGAGUAAAUAUCAUGACACCGAGUUGUAUUUUCCAGUAUGAUUUGUCCAACUUUUAUGAGUCUUCUGCUGGUGCUGCACCACCCCCACCCCCACCCCCAUCACCCCCACCUCCUCCGCCGCCAGUUACUUUUUCUCCUUCUCCGCCGUCGACCAAUGUUACAACAAAAGGAGAGGAUAAGAGUAGGACAACUCAGACUACUAUUUUGAUUUUAGUUCCAGUGAGUAUCUUAUCAUUACUCACUGCGCUUGCCUGUGGCUUCUUCCGAUUAAGGAAGAGAGAGGAUGUCAAUAAGAAGCUGGAUUGCAGUUGCCUCUGCAACUUGGCUUGGAUAAGAGCUGCAGGACAAUUGUUUUGGGCUUCCAGUCAGCAUGACGCGCUCAAUGCUGGUGAAGAUGCAACACAAUCUCAAAGUGCGGAUUCCUUGAAAUAUGACUUUGCCACAGUAAGAGCUGCAACAAAUGAUUUUUCCAACGCUAACAUGCUUGGACGCGGUGGAUUUGGUUCCGUGUACAAGGGCAAGCUCCCGAAUGGACAAGAAAUUGCUGUUAAAAGACUUGAUGGUUGUUCUGGACAAGGUGAAGGGGAAUUCAAGAAUGAAAUUGUGUUAAUGGCCAGGCUCCAACACAGAAAUCUUGUUAGGCUCCUUGGCUUCUGCUUUGAAGGAAAAGAAAGGCUUCUUAUCUAUGAGUUUGUGCCCAAUGCAAGCCUUGAUCGCUUCAUUUUUGAUCCAAUCAAGCGGUUGCUAUUAAAUUGGGACACGCGCUACAAAAUCAUAGUAGGAAUCGCUCGUGGACUAGUUUAUCUUCACCAGGAUUCUCAGCUAAGGAUCAUUCACCACGAUCUAAAAGCGGGUAAUGUUCUGUUAGACAGGGAUAUGAACCCCAAAAUUGCCGAUUUUGGCAUGGCAAGGCUGUUUGUUGUUGAUCAAAGUAAAGGAGUCACCAAAAGAAUUGCGGGCACCUUUGGCUACAUGCCUCCUGAGUAUGCAAAAUUCGGGCGAUUCUCUGUGAAGACUGAUGUCUUCAGUUUCGGUGUUCUGAUCCUUGAGAUAGUGAGUGGUAAGAAGUACAGCGGCUAUGGUGGCCCAGAGCAUGUGGAACAUCUUAUAAGCUAUGCAUGGAAGAAAUGGAGACAAGGCAAAGCUUCGAGAUUGAUCGACGAAACCCUAGUGGAUGGUUCGGAAAGUGAGAAGAUGAGGUGCAUUCACAUUGGCUUAUUAUGUGUGCAAGAAAAUGUGGCCAAGAGACCAACAAUGGCCGCUGUUGUUUUAAUGUUCAGUAGGUUCAGCAUGAGUCUUCCUUCACCCUCAAAACCUGGAUUCUUUGUGGGAAGUAGCAUGGAACCAGACACGGCCAUACGAAACCGAUUUCCUCCGGUCACUAGUUCACAGUUCCAUUCCCAAGAGCAAUCUGUGAACGUAUCUGUAAAUGAGGCUUCAAUUACAGACCCGUAUCCUAGAUAACGUCCAGGGACCUCUCUAUUUACUUGUAAAUUUUUUAUUGCUCAUAGCAAUGCAGCCAACGCCCGUAGGAGCUACAAGAUUUUUGCCUGAAAGUGGUUCUCAACCAUUCGAGAGAGCGAGCACGUACGGGAAAAAGUUUUGGCUUUUUGGAAUUUCAAAAAACUACUUUUGACUGUUAAUGUACCCAAUUCUGAACCAUACAUCACGUUCUCAAAGCUUGGAAUGUUCUGUUUGGUGCA